AUGUCGACAAUCCCUCCGUCGGCGCUCCAGUCGGGCUUCCCGCCCACCAUCCCGUUGCCCUUCAACUCGAGGCAGCCGGAAAAGGUGACGCUCUACCCGCUGUCCAACUACACGUUCGGCGUCAAGGAGACGCAGCCCGAGGAGGACCCCUCCGUCAUCGCGCGGCUGAAGCGCCUCGAGGAGCACUUCGCCGAGCACGGCAUGCGCCGGACCUGCGAGGGCAUCCUCGUCUGCCACGAGCACAACCACCCGCACAUCCUCAUGCUGCAGAUCGCCAAUGCCUUUUUCAAGCUGCCCGGCGACUACCUGCGGCCCGAAGACGACGAGGUUGAGGGGUUCAAGGCGCGCCUCGACGAGCGCCUGGCGCCGGUCGGUCGCAUUGGCGAAGGUGAAGAGGCCGGCGACUGGGAAGUGGGUGAGUGCUUGGCUCAAUGGUGGAGGCCCAACUUUGAGACUUUCAUGUACCCCUUCGUACCCGCGCACGUAACUCGGCCCAAGGAGUGCAAGAAGCUGUAUUUCAUUCAUCUACCAAAGCAAAAGGUCCUGAGCGUCCCGAAGAACAUGAAGCUCCUCGCCGUGCCCCUGUUUGAGCUCUACGACAACACAGCACGCUACGGCCCGCAGCUCUCGGCCAUCCCCCACAUCCUCAGCCGCUACAACUUCGAGUUCGUCGACGAUAACGGCAACGUGGUGGCUGUCACGCCGGGCGCCGGCGCACCCGAGGGUUACGUACCCAAGACAAAGGUCCUCGCCGGCGACGACACCGACAUGAAGGAAAACGAGGAGAAUGGAACGCAGUGA